AUGGCUGAAAGAAACAUCUCUCAGAGUCAGCUUAUAAGGACACGUUUGUCAGACAGGAGGGGAGAGCAGAUGGAGAGACGGAAAACAGCAGACAGUCAGCGGUCUUGCCCAUCACCGCUCUGCCCUUGGUACCUGGGACAUGGGUCUCUUGCGUGGUCACCCAAUAAACCCUCCAGCAAAGAUGUGUUGACCGUAGUCCUCAGCAUGUACAGGCAGUUCAGCCUUGUGGACAUUGCUACGAACCUGACACAUCGUUUCUCUGUCUUAAGUGGCCUUUCUGUCAUUUCUUUUGUCUCGGCGCCAGCAAAUGAAUCUAAUCGUCGACCAUGGUCUAGAGUCUCAAGGAAAAGGUGGCAUCAGUCAACUUUAGAAAACGAAUAUGCACACAGCAAGACAGUCUGGCCAGUGGCCCAGACAGAAGCUCUGUUCUUGCCAGAAUUUCCUGUUGGAAUAGAGGAGAAGUUGAAAUUAAUUUUUUUAGGUGAAAUUAGCAGAGGAGCUUUUGGUCAAGUAUUUCAUGUGAGAUGUGCAACAACAAACAAAGAAUAUGCCAUGAAAGUUCUAUCAAAGUCACAGGUAAGUCUCUCAAAAUAAUAUGAGCAUGCAAGUAUUGGUUCUAGCCAAAAGGUUGAGGAAAAAUGAGCCAUGCAUGUACACAAACAAAAUGCUAUACUAACCUAAGGACAAUGGUAACUUUCUUUGCGUGCAUUUUUUUCUCAUUUUAAUGAGAUGUAUUAAAAAAAAAAGAAACUCCAUAUUACACAGGUCACAAUAGUUAUCUGGAUUUAAGCUGUUUUUCCUCCUAUCUAAUGACAGCAUCUUUUGGUGAAUUAUUAUCCUGAAUAGGCUAUGUAUCCUGCCUUUUAAUGAAAAGAUAGUCACUAAUGUAUUUAAUUAUGCUAUAUAUCAUGUUAUGGCAAAAAAUUCCAGAUACUGAGCGAUGCAUCAUAAUGUCAUGGGCUUUUGUUUGGAUUAGUGGGAAGUGUAACAAGAAAUUUAUCAAGGAUGAGCACAUUUUGAAAACUUGAUUUCAGGUUUUCUGUCUAGGCUGUGUAUCCAUUCUUUUAAGAAAAAAAUGGUCUCUAAUAUAAUUAGAUGAGUUUGACCCUUUAACAAUGGAUGAUAGAUCAUGUCAUGGGAUGAAUCCCAGAAGCUGGUUGAUGCCUUAUCAUGUCACAUGCUUUAGUUUUGAUUGCUAGGUUGUGUGGAAUUACAUGUUAAGACUUUUGGUGCUUAAUUUUUGAAGGAUAAGCGCAUUUUGUAAAUCUUUGGAUUUGGUUUAGAUAGCUUAUAGCUGGAAACACUGACCUUGGGUAAUUUUACACAUUCUGACUAGUUUAUACUGGCAUGCUCUGUUUCUCCAACAUGAAGUGUGAACAGAUUAGAUGCAGAAAAAAAAGGAUUCAUGCACAAAUAUCACUCAUCUAUACCCUUCAAUACUGGAGAGCUACAUAUUGUCAUUGGGUUUUAACUACAUCUUUCUAAAUAAAGAGACAUUCUGUCGUAUGCUUGGUGGUAUUAUUAUAAUUGUUGUUGCAAUAUUGUUGGUUUUGGUAAUAUUUGUAUUUUUGUGAUUAGUGUUGUUUUUAUUGCUUUUA